ACAUCUUAGACGCCACAACCUUAGAGAUUUUGUUUUAUAGUGCACCGCUUUUCGGUUCAAUAUGUUCACAUACUUCAUUGCUGGCGUGCCCAAAUGYCAGGACUUCGGUCACGCAAAACUCAUCGCCGAGAAAUUAAGACACGCUCUUCCCAAUUUCUCGUAUAAAAUCGUAGUAAAAACUGAAGAAGAAUAUCGAGAUUGGAUGGAAAAAUUCUGUUACGAACAAAAAUGGAAGAUCGACAAAAAUCCGCUGGUCUGGAAACGCAUACUCAACUCGAACGGUUCCUGUCAAUUGAUCGGUGGCAUAAACGAAUUUUUUGACCAUCUCAUAGAAUAUUACAACGUCGAUACACGUUUGGACAAGCGAAUAAAAAAAAAAAUAGCGCUGGAUAACGAAGAGAGAAUGCGGUUUAUGUUGACCAAACAAGAACCCGUGUCUCGAGCCCCGGCAAGAAGGGUGUGCAUUACCGGCGCAGUUUAUCCGUCUACCUGUUACCUGGUUACUGAGCUGCUGCAGUUGAAACCACUCCAAGCUAGAGGCGGUGGCCGUGUUACAGUGUGUUUACAUCAUAAAGACUCGGACAAAUACGGAAAUCUGAUUAGAAUUAAACGUGAAAUCUGCGAUGCCGAAUUUAAUGUCCGUGGUUGCAGCGCGGUAACAGUGGUCAGCAGCGAAGAAGAAGGAUUGAUGAACUGCGAUUUGUUCAUCGUACUCGACAGCAUCAAAAAGGGAGAAAAUGAAGACGGAAAUCUAUGGAUGGACCGAAAUUACACCGCAAUGAAGAAAUUGGCUUUAAUCCUCAACCGCCAUUGUCCCGAGCGCUGCAAAGUGCUGCUGAUGGGCAUGGACUUGUUGUGUUUCAAUUUAAGCGUUUUGGCUGAGAAAGCCGACAAAGUUUAUUUGUACGACAUCGUCGGUGUGACCGGUCAUCACGGUAUGGUGACGUUACCGACCAUUUCUCGGGCGACGGGAAUCCCGAUCCCGGACCUCCACUGUCCGCCGGUUUGGGGGUUCGACGGCGCGGCGAAGUAUGUGGACGUCAAACACGUGAUCUAUCAUUGUGGUGGAUCGGAAGCGGACGUCCGCGGUUGCGAGGACGCGGCCACGUCGGUGCACGAUUAUUCGACAGAUCGAAGCGAACAYAAAUAUUUGCAGAGCGUAGUACAGCAGUCGGAGAGUCUGGUACGCGGUGACGGCGAGCACGUAGCAGCGAGCACCGACUUUGGAWCAAGUGUCAACAACACGGUGAGCAACCUGUGUAGUUUGCCCGAAAUACGAGUGGCCGUGCGGAUGAUAUCGGAAUGGUUCAAAAACGAUGGUCGUGUAACCGUCAGCGCUGCAGUUUUUUCCGACGGAACCUUUGGCCUACCAUUUGGUAUGUUUUCGUCUCAACCGGUUCGCAUGGAAAACGGCGAAUGGAAACCAAAUUUUGACUUCCCACCUCCAGACGAGACAGUCAUAACUGAUAUGCUAUCCAAAGCAUCAGAAAUCACAUUAGAAUAUAACCUUGGGAAUAGGUUUAAUGUGAACCCAAGAGAAAUGACAGCAGAAAUUAGUGAAUAA